UUGGAGAAAAUCGAGAAACGCAGAAAACAAUAGAUCCGGCGGAAAAACCCGGAGAAAGUUUCGAUAGAUUUAUAAUUGGGCAGAGAAUCGAGAAUCGAGUACCCAAAGCUCCUCCAUUCGUACAUCCGGAAUAAAAAAGUCGGACCUCCUGCGGUCGGUCCUAUUUUGCUCAGCUCUGGUCGCCUUACCGAUUCUCCCGAAGAGAAAUGGUUGAGGCGUUUGCCUCCUCAUUCUCGUCUGUUUUUACCAAAGACUGUCCGAGGAACCCUUCUCCGCAUCAACAUUUUGAGGGAAUCAUUGAUAAUAUCACUUUCCCAGUGGAGCAUGUUCUUAAGGUACUGAAAUCACUUGAUGGUAAUUCCGCUAUGGGACCUGAUGAUAUCAACCCAUUACUGCUGAAGAGUUGUGCCCCGCAACUAGCGUAUCCCCUUCAUUUGAUAUUUUCUCGUGCCAUCCACGAAGGUCAGCUACCCAGUGACUGGAAGUCAUCCAUGGUUAUCCCUAUAUUUAAGAAGGGCGCAAGGUACGAUCCUCUAAACUACCGCCCGAUUAGCCUCACCUCCGUUUGCUGCAAGACCUUUGAGCGACUCCUCUGCCAACACCUAACUGAUUACCUUGAAUCCCACAUGAUCCUCUCUCCGCAUCAGUUUGGUUUUCGAGCCAUGAGAUCCACUUCUGACCAGCUUCUACUAGUCUAUGACAGCGUUUCUAAGCAUGUAGAUGAAGGGCGUGUUGUAGACGUAAUCUUAUUUGAUUUUAGUAAAGCUUUCGAUGUUGUAGUACACAGUCUCCUCCUCUCCAAGCUUGAGUGCUUAGGUGUCCAGGGCAGUAUCUUGCAGGUCAUUUUCUCGUUCCUAUCUAACCGAUCGAUGAGUGUUUGUAUUGAUGGUCACCAUAGUCGUGCCAGAGAAGUUCUCAGUGGCGUCCCCCAGGGGACAGUCCUGGGACCCCUCCUUUUUUUAAUCUAUAUUAACAGUAUUGGAUAUAACUUGUCCUGUAACUAUAAAAUCUUUGCCGACGACCUGAAGUUAUACGCAUGUGUAGAUUAUCCCGAUAGGUCCCUCCCAUCCCUGGCCACUUCCGAAGUAAUCCAGCGAGAUAUUGAUCGACUUCACUCUACUGCUGCUUCUUGGGGCUUGUUUAUGAAUGUAAAGAAGUGCUCAAUCCUCCGUUUCUCGAGGUCCUUUACUAAUGUAGUCCGCCCCACAUAUACCCUAGAUGGCAAACCUAUUCCUCAUGUCCACUCUGCCUCCGACCUUGGUGUACUGGUUGAUUCUGGCUUGAAAUUCCACGACCAUAUCCGUAUGGCUACUCAUAAAGCUGGCGCUUUGGCCUAUAGCUUCCUUAAAUCCACUGUGUGUCGAUCUCCAAAGUUCAUGGUGUUCCUGCUCACCACUCACAUACGACCAGUGCUUGAAUAUGCCUCUCCUGUCUGGAACUCUGGUUUUAUUCAGGAUUUGAGGCUAUUAGAAAGAGUGCAGCGCCGAUGGACUAAGCGUAUUUGUGGCUUGGAGACCAUGAGCUAUGGUGAACGUCUACGAUCCCUACGUCUCUAUUCCGUCCAAGGAAGGCUACUGCGUGCAGAUCUUCUACAGUACUGGAAAAUCUUUAACGGAAAAUCUUGUAUAUCUCCGGCUGAUUUAUUUCCACAGCCGCCUCAGAAUCGUACACGAGGCCAUUGCCACAAAAUAUUUCCCUCUGCCAUAAACACUGACAUUAGGAAGCGCUCGUUCUCUCAAAGAUGUAUUUCUGUAUGGAAUGCCCUCCCCGCUCAAACUGUGUGUGCUCACGAUGUCAACACGUUUAAAUCUAUGUUAGAUCGCGAUAUCAAUGAUGCGUUGUACUCUUACCCAAUGUGAAAGCUCUACCUACACUAAGAACUAGGACAGUUCCAAACAUUUCUCCAUGCUGAACUUUUGUGCAUUAAGUAAUUACUUCCUGUAAAUCUGUGAAGGAGACUCACUUCUCCAGUCAGUUUGUACAUGUAUAAUCUACAGCACAAACUUCCUACUGACUGGCGCGUCUCUUAAAUGCAGGGUUCCUUGUACCUUCCUCUCUCACUUUCUCCACCAUUUUCCUCCCCGGACGCAAAAAGGAACCCAACCAGGUUCUGUGAGAUGCUGCUGCCAGUGUGCCGAGCCUGCAGCAGGAGGCUGGUGCCCACAGCUGCUGGGGCGGCUGCUUCCUGGACCAGGAGGGCUCACACUCUCCUGCCAGGUAGAGUCAGUGUGUCGUCUCUGCGUACUCCGGCCGCUCUACUGGUCCCGAGGGUGUGCGCCCCGGCACUGCUGCCGGCUCGCACCAUGUUCAUCCAGACGCAGGAGACGCCGAACCCCAACAGCCUCAAAUUCCUUCCGGGAAGAACGGUGCUGGAGGAGGGCGGCACGCUCGACUUCCCCACCGUGGCCACGGCGCAGCACUCGCCGCUGGCCAAGCUGCUCUUCCGCAUCCCGGGCGUCAAGUCCGUCUUCCUCGCCCCAAACUUCAUCACGGUCACCAAGAUUGAUGACGAGGUGGAGUGGAAGGUCAUCAAACCGGAGAUUUUCGCCACCCUGAUGGACUUUUUCACGUCGGGACUGCCCGUCGUACACCAGGCCGCCUACGACGCCGCCGACGGACGUCAAGAUGGCGCGGAGAGCGGCGACGAGGACGAGGUGGUGGCCAUGAUCCGUGAGCUGCUGGACACACGUAUCCGUCCCACGGUCCAGGAGGACGGCGGCGACAUCGUCUUCAUGGGCUUCGAGGACGGCGUGGUGCGUCUGAAGAUGCAGGGCUCGUGCACCAGCUGUCCCAGCUCGGUGGUCACGCUGAAGAACGGCGUCCAGAACAUGCUGCAGUUCUACGUGCCCGAGGUUGUCUCGGUGGAACAAGUCAUGGACGAGGCGGACGAAGUUAUCGAGGACGAAUUCAAAAAGUUCGAGAAAAAGAUCAACGACGACAAGUCAAAAUCUGAAGUCAAAUAGUGUUGCACUGAUGAUGAGACUGUUAUGUUCUGUUACAAGUGCUGUGUGACGCGCUGAAACAGUGAUGUGCUACAUGAUGUACAUGAUGUCAUGUCUGCAGUCUUAACUUAAAGCUGUGUGACACUACUGGUAGGAACUCGGGACACAUUACAUUGCCGAGAUACGAAGCGGUAACCGUUUGAAAAAAAAAAAACUGAUCGGUACCAUGCCACAAUCCACAUCUUAUAUGUUGCAUACUUCAGCAGAGUGUGCCACAAUCAAUAGGCUUCGUUGUGUUUAGUUUCAGCGUCUAUUUGUUGCUGUUUUCGCAUGGUGCAUAAUAUUGCUCUGCAGGUAGGCAGGCACGGAUUGUGAUCCGCUCUGAGGCAUGAGCGGAGUGGCGCUUGCUGCUACAUUGCUAAUGCUGCUGCUCCAGUAGCCUGAAACAAUAACAAAAUAAUGAUAUACCUAUUAGGCGAAAAAUAAAUGUCGCCGAACUGAA